AUGGAUGCCAAGCUGCCACCUCCUCGCCCGCCGGCAGUGUCUUCCGCUCCUCAGCGCGAGCAGGUGCUUCCCAUCCAGCUGGCUGCCCAUCCCCCGUGGCCACCACAGAACCCAUCUCUUCCUCCCAUCGUACUUCCGACACCUUAUCAGACCCCUGUUUCUGUCUCGGGGCCUGUCCCUGUCUCUCUACAUGCCUCUCUACCUACCUCUCUACCUACCACGGUACCUGUAUCUGCAGCUACACAGACGUCGACACUGACAAACCCCCCGCCGCCGCCGCCAACGGCCCCGUAUAUCAAUGAACAACAUAUGGCCCCGACGCCGACCGACUCAACCGGUCAAAAUGUAGGCAAGGCCCCCGCACCGAAACCCCGCAAACCGCGCAAGGCCGACAAUGCGUCUGGGGCCCGGUCGACCCUGUUCUGGGUCAACAGCGAUCAGCAAUCGGUGUCCGAGGGGACGCGCGAGGACACAUUGAAGCGCAUCCGCUCUCAUGUCAUGUCCGAGCACAAUCGGAAAAAGAGGCUAGAGAAUACCAAACGCUACAAGAGUAAGACGUGGAAACAUCUUGCUUUUCAGCCGGUGGAGACUGCACCUGCAGCAGCAGGCCCCAGCGCUGCAGCGGUAGGUCCUAUGCCUCCUCCACCGGGGAGAUCGUCGGUAAAAGCGUCCUCCGCUGGUCGAGGAAAGCAGCAAGCUCGACUGGGUAACAAUAACAAUAGCAAAAGUAAUGACCUGGUUGUGACCAGCGCUCCUGCGAAUCCUGCAGUCACGGCGACUACAGGCACUUCGAGCGCUGGCACGCCAUCAUAUGAUAUUGCAGUUGCUCCGGUUCCGUCAAUCCCGUCACCGACGACGUAUCUGGGUCAUGGCGCCCACAAAGACCCAUUCAAUAUGGCACAUACACAACUGACGGAUCGCAUGUUUCGACAUCUACAACGCUUCUUGUUUGAUCUCACGCAUAUUGCGUAUCCUCUUCAGCGGCGGUAUGGACCAAAGUUGCAGGCCCAUUGGGCCUCGCUGUGUCAGAAUGAUCCUGCCUCUUUGCAUGCCACGAUCUGCGUUGCGGCUUCCAACGCAGCGCUGCAAACGGGGGAGUUUCCUCUCGUUGAUCCUAACAAACGGAGUUCGAGUCUGCUGCUGUUGGACACGUUCCACCAUCGUGGAGAGACGAUUCGACUGGUCAACGAGGGACUUUCGGAUCCAGUCAAAGCCUCUAGCGACGAUCUGAUUGCUGCGGUAUCAAUGCUACUCACAAUCGAGAUCGCAUCUGGAAACCCCGACUACCUGAAAGUCCACCUCGCGGGCCUGAGACAGAUGGUAGGCUUGAGGAACAAGUUUACGGAUGUUCCUCGUCAAGUCCGCUACCAAAUUUCAUGGACGGACAUUCGCGUCGCUUGCAUGGCAUUCAGCAAGCCCAUUUUUCCAUUUGUCCGCUACCCUCGCCCAGCCCACAUGGCUCCCAUCAUUCCACCCACCAAGGAGCUAGAAUGUGCGGCAUCGCGUCUCAUCGCCCUAAUGAAGAUUCCGGGAAUUUUCGGCGAGUUUUUGUCGCAGGUGAUCACGGACCUCCUCGAACUGAUCUGGUAUGCCGAGUGGAUCAAAGGACCCGUAUUCCAGGAUUUCGACGAAGAUACCGAAGGUUACUUCAAUACGGAGGUUGUCUGGAUUGAAUAUGCCCUGCACUCAGACCGGUACACGGCGUCCGGCGAACUCAAAGGCGACUCCUCGAUCGAAGGCUGUGUGCGUCUGGCCUGCUUCAUCUUCCACAACACGGCCAUCUGGGACUUCUACCCGAACAUCGCGCCGGUGUUCCCGAAGCCCAUCAUGGGCUUGCGCACGGCGCUCGAAUCCAUCAUCCCGACGGGCUGUUUCCACCUCUGCCGCGAUCUACUGACUUGGCUGCUGUUCAUGGGCACCUGCGCCUCCAAAGUGAUGGCCUCGGAGCGGGCGUUCUUCGUCAAGGAGCUGGCCACUGCCGUCCGCGGCCAGGGUCUCCAGUCGUGGCAGGAUCUGCGUGCCUCGCUGAUGAAUUUCUUCUACGUGGACCGAGUGUACUUGGCUCCGUUGCGGGAAUUAUGGGACGAAUUGCGUAUGAUGCAAACUCCUGAUGAGGUAGCCUAG